UUUCCUUGCUAUCUCGUGUUCAAAGGGCAGAGUUGAGCUUUGUCACUUUCUUUACUAUAAAACCAAACAUUAAUAAUAACCCUAUUUUCAUAAUGAUGCAGUCUUCCACAUUUAGAAUAGCAGUAGGGGCGGGUGUAGUGUUAUCUGGUGCUGCAUUAGUAACGUAUUACUUUAACGGUAGUCGCAAAACAAAGAGAACAAGACUGAUCGAAAUGAUUCCUGAAUUCCAGAAAGCAAAUAUCCACAUCAGAGAUCCUGAUAAAGUAGAAGAAAUCGUUACAGCUUUAAUAAAAGGUGGUCGCAACAAACUACAGGUUAUAUCAGAUUUUGAUAGGACAAUAACAAGGCAUCAUGUCAACGGAAAAGUACUUCCUACAACCCAUGGUAUCCUGGAAAGUAGCACUGUCAUUUCUGAAGAAUCCAAGAAAAAGGCUCAAGAAUUGAGGGCUCAUUAUCACCCAUUGGAAAUGUCCUCAGGUGUAUCAGAUGAGGAAAAGUACACCUUAAUGACAGAGUGGUGGUCCCAGGCACAUACUAUACUUUUACAAAGUGGAAUGACAAGGAAGGAUGUCACUGAGAUGGUUGCACAAUCUGACGUUAUGUUGAGGGAAGGCUGCGACCAGUUAUUUAAACUUUUGGCAGACAAUAGUGUACCAUUGUUAGUGUUUUCAGCCGGCAUAGCAGAUAUUUUGUAUGAAGUUAUUAAGGACCGAGCUACCCUCCAUGACAACAUAUCAGUCAUGUCCAAUGAAAUGGACUUUGACACAGAUGGACAACUUGUAGGUUUCAAAGGUAAAUUAAUCCACACAUAUAACAAAAGGGAGAUGGCCAAGAUUAAUCAAGAUUAUUUUGAACGAAACAAGAACCGCACAAACGUGCUCCUGAUGGGUGACACAAUCGGCGACCUUCAGAUGGCGGAGGGUCUUAAAAGUGCUCACAACAUCCUUAAAAUUGGAUUUUUGAAUAGCCAUUUUGAAAACCUUGAGGUGUAUAAAAGCAAGUACGAUGUAGUUGUUGUUGAUGAUAGCAGCAUGGACGUCGCUAAUGCUCUCCUCAACAAAGUCAUGUGAUCAAAGUAAGGAAUUAAAAUUCAUGCACAAAGACGAUAUUUGCUUACAUCUGUGUCACCAGUAUUGUACCAGAACCUUGACGAGAUCCUUACACUACUGGAGGAAAGUCUUACUCUUCCAAAAAAUUAGUCCAUUCAUUUUUAACCAGCAUAGUUUACCCAGCAGUAAAAUCUAAAAUGUUAUCCAUCUUCUAAAUGUUAGUUGGUGAAGUGGGUUAUUUCGACUACUGUUACUAAUAAUGAAAUUUGCUAAUUUGAAGUAGACUACAGGCCCAAAGUUUUUGCAAAAAGCAUGCUUUUCCCCCAUGAUUCAAGAAAUUAUAAUAUAAUUUUUAAUAACGUGUAGUGGUGAUAGACAGGCAAAUUGUACUUUGUUUGCUUUUUAAGUUUGUUUUGUUUAAUAUAUUGCAUAUAUUGUUAUGGUUGAAUGUAAUGCAGUGAUGGACAUUUCUUUUUUCAAAUACAGUAUUUAUUUUUGCAUAAUACUUAUUUUCAAGGUGUAUAAUUACCAAUAGCAGCUGUUGCAUGAUACAGUAUGAAACUAUCUUGUAAACAAACUUAAUUUGUGUUUUAAUUUUUUGAUGAUAUUUUUGGUGUUUUUUUUAACCUAAAGUUUAUAUACAGUACACUCUCACAUUACUGUUUUUAUAAAUUAAAAUAUUAUAUUAAAGAUCGAAUGUCUUACUGUUAAUCACUUUUAAGUACUUUGACUUUUGUAAAAUUGCUAUAGAAGGGAGAAUAAUUAAUGUUAUUAUUAAAAUAUAUUUUAAUAUUAAAAGUAUUCUAUUAUUUGUUGAUAAGGCCAAAGAAACCUUUGUGUUGCCCAAGUCAGACUGACCCAAUAUCUAAAAAAUCUAGGAUUUUUUUUUUGCUUUGCCAAAGAGUAACCCAAAGUACAUGUAUGAUGUUUCAAGCUUUAAUUAAUAAGUUGAUAUCUUAACCAUUAAUUUUAGCCAACCAACACACAUAGGGUAAUAAGUGAUGGUUUGAAAUGAACCUUAGAAUUAGGCCUAGAUCAUUGGAAUAAAGAGUAAAAUUGCUGACAAACCAAACCUUGAUAUUCAAGUUCAUUGUGCUUGGGCUGCACAACAACAAUUUUUCUGUCUCUUGUUGAAUACGAUUUUUAAGACUAAACUAGUCAUAUGGUUUAAUUUAAUUAUUUACAAAAACUCUGUUUAGAAAUAUUAUUUAUUUGAUGCAUUCUUCAUAAAAGUAACCUGGUGGUUUCAAGGGGAUAUGUUUUUCAAAACAGAAAAUUAGUUUAAAUAUUAUGUACAGCAGUACGUUAAAGUAACAGAAUGGAUAACAACUAAUAUAUUACAAUAAUCAGUGCAAACUGAUAGUAGCGGAAUCCAGAGUAUCAUCUUUGUCAACCUUAUUUGUUUUACUUAGUGCUACUGCCAACCUAAUACUGAAGAACAGUAAAAGGAUACAAUCGUCAAAACAAUCUUCCAUUGAGAAAAACAGGAUUAAACUAUUACAGUAAUUGUUACAGUAAUUAAUAAUAAUAUAUUGCUAUGAAAACUACCUUCAAAAUUAAUGUUUUAUUGCAUAUUUUUAGGCAAUUAAUAUAUUCAUCUUCAAUUAGUAGUGUAAUCAUUUCUUCUGACUUUGAAAUACUUUUUAAAUUUGCAUUCCAUUGAGUUUGUGAUCACAUAACUAGUAAUACUAUGAGUCUCUGUUAAAGCAAUUAUGUAAUACUGCUGUUAAAUCAUGUAACAUUAUUAUGGCUGCUAAUUGGGUCAGUUAAAUAAAAUAAUACUACCUCUAAAAUUCACAAAUUUUUAAUUAAACAAUUGCGUAACAAUGUUAAAAUAUUUGUAGUGUCAAAAAUAGAACAAUAAAUGUUGUAUUAUAUUGUGGAGUGGGUAUAGUGUAAAAUUAAAUUGUCAUCAAAUGAUUUGUGCUGAAUUCAAGUAUUGAUAUGCAAGAAAAACUUUACAUUUUUUACAAUAACAUGUAAAUUAUGGGAAUUUGAUUCUAUUAAAAUUAUUUUUGGGGUAUAAA